AUGAAACUAAAAUCUUUAGAAACCUUUUUACAAUCCCUUGAAGGAUUUCGUACACCAAAAGUCGAAUUAGAACAAUAUGUAACUUCUGCUCAUUUAGCUUCAAGAAUGAUUUUUACAGCUCAUAAUAACUUUAAUCAAAUCUUAAAUAAAUCAAUUCUAGACUUAGGUUCAGGUACUGGUUUACUUUCAAUUGCAUGUUCUUAUUUAGACCUCUCAAAUCCAAAUUUCUUAAACCAAUUAAAAUCAUCAAUUCCAAAAUCCAUUAAACCCACAAGUCUAGAUCCAUUAUUAUUUGAUACAGUGGUGAUGAAUCCACCCUUUGGUACCAAACGUAAAGGAAUCGAUAUGGUCUUUCUAGAAAUAGCUUGUCAAUUAGCUAAAUCAGAAAUCUAUUCACUUCAUAAAUCUUCCACUCGAGAUUAUAUUCAAAGGAAAUCAAAACAAUGGGGUUUCAAUGGUCAAGUAAUAGCCGAAAUGAGGUAUGAUUUACCUAAAACUUUAAAAAUGCAUAAAGUUAAAAGUUUAGAUAUUCAAGUUGAUCUUUGGAGAUUUGAUCGAAUUAAAGCUUUAUAA